CCAGUCAUUCCCUAUAGCUCCAUGACGUCACGCUCUAUUCGUCUGUUUGGUCGGCAGGGGUCGCUCUCUCAGUGAGGGGGCGUUGUUACGUUUCGCAUAUAGAGGAGGGGCGGGGCCUGAGGCGUGACGUCACGGUGGAGGCGCGCAGACGGAGUACAGCCAAUGGCGGCCUGGCCCGCCGUCGGCUCCGGGUUUGAAUAGUGUUCGGGCCUCAGAGAAAGGAGACGGCGAGGAGCGGGGACCCGGUGCAGGAGAUUACGUGCGCUGUGACUCGGGCUGACUGUUACCAUGUCGCUACACGGGACCUUAAUGGAGUCGCUGCUUACAUGGGUGAACAGCCUGAAGGUGGAUGAGCCAAUCGAGCGGCUCUCACAGAUGCAGGAUCUGAACAUCUUUAUCAAAAUCAUCACAAAGCUGAACGGAAAUAUUGAUGAAGCCGCCCGGAUACUGCAACAACCUCUGGAAGAGAGAUUGAAGUUCUUACAGAGACACUGCAGAUGUGGCUCUAAAGCUGAGGAUUUGGUGCAGUGGCAGAAGAUCUUAGCUGGAGAGAACAAUGAGCUGGAGAUAUGUAAGGUCAUCGUCCUGCUCUUCUAUGUCUGGAACAUAAAGUGUAAGAACGCUCAGGAGUGGGAGACAUUCGAUCACAAGACGCAGACCGAGCUGGCCUCCAUCCUGAGGUUUGUUUUGGACAAUGAAGAUGAUCUGUCACUCGAUGAUAAACUAAUUCACUUCCUGCAAAGGAAAGCCCGGGUCAUCUCCACCAGUGACAGCGCCUCCAGCUCUGAUGACACCAUGUCUCCCACAGUGCCCACUAAGAAGACACAAGUGCGAUUUCUGGAGCUGCAUCGCGUUGCUUCAUCUUCCACCAUGAAAAGUUUGCCUUUGGACUCUCCCUCCUCUCCGAUGAGCGAGGUGCUGCAUAUGCCGCAGUUCCAGAUACGGAGGCUCCGGAAGCAGCUGAUAGAGGGACGAGACUUGAGGGACGAGCUAGAGCUGGAGCUCUCAGAGACCAAAAAACGUCUGGCUGAAAAAGAAGCACAGAUUUUCCUCAUGCAGCAGCGCAUCGAGCGUCUGGUGGUGCUGAACGAAAGGCAGGAGAACCAGCAGGAGCCCAGAGAGAUGGACGAGCUGCGAGAGAAGAAUGAGAGUCUCAUGAUCCGCCUUCGGGAUGCCCUCAAGCAGUGUCAGGAUAUGAAGACGGACAGGAUCCAUCUGGAGAGGAAGAACGAUCAGCUGUCUGACGAGAACGGGGACCUAUCAUACAAGGUACGAGACCUGUCCAGUCGCUUGGCCCAGUUACAGGACGCUCUCAAUGAGACCACCGAAGAGCACGAGGCAUCUGUGGCUGGGUGGAAGCAGCAGCAGAGCCAGCUGGAGAUGGAGCUGAACACUGCGAUAACUGAGAAGAAAUCUCUGGAGGAACGCAACCAGAUUCUGCAGGAGAAAAUUUCCAUGUUGGAAGAGCAACUAAAGAAGAUGGAAGACAGUGAAUCUCGAGAUAAAGGAGAGCGACUAGGUGAUGUCCUCAAGCUGGAGCAUCUGCAACAAGAGGUGGUCGCUUCAAACACUAAAAUAUUGUCGCUUCAAGCUCAGAUCACACAGAUGGAAGAAGAGAAGACGGCAGCGAGGGCAGAGUUGGAGUCGCAGAAAUCGCGAUUCGAAGCUGAAAAAAUGCAGCUCCAAGAUAUUGUAACAAACCUGCAAACGUCCUUGUCAGAGAUCACCUUCCAGAAGGAGAGGCAGGACCAGGAGGCCAGGCUCCAGGAAGAGAAGCUUACGGGUCAGAUCACAAACCUGAAACUGGAGAUCUCAAAGCUAAAGGUGUCCCUGACCCAGAAGGAUCAGGAGCUGUCCGGUGCCCACAAGGAAGUGGAAGAGGAAAGGAGGCAGAGAGGCCAGCUGGAGGUAGUCAUGCAGAAGCAAGAAGAGGCCUCCAAGAAGAACAUAGCAGAGCUAAGCCAUCAAGUGGACCAUCUUGGAAGCACGCUAAGGCAGACAGAGGGCAAGCUACUGGAAUUAAACGAACAGCUUGGCCUAAACACCCAGCAGAUGUUUAGUUUACAGCAGGAACGGGAUAAAUUUGCUAAAGAGAGAGAAUCUGCCAUUACGAUGUUCAAUGAGUAUAAGAAUACAAAGGAGGAAGAAGUGAACGCUUUGGGUAAAACUUGUCAGGCCUUACGAAACGAUCACCAAGCUGGAUUGGUAGCCGUGGAAGAGCUGAAGAAGGAGAAGGCUGAACUGUCUCUUAAGGUGCAAGAGCUGGAUGCUACCAUCUUGGACUUGAUCGCCAAAUGUCAGAACCUGGACGCCGAGAACGAUACGCAGAGCAAGUCGCACGCAUCUACCUUAGAGUCGCUGAGGACCCGGCUCUCCGAACAAGAGGCUCAGCUGAAGGUCUACGAGCAGAAAGUGUCCGAGAUGGAGCUGGUGAGUGAAGACAAUGGGAAGAUAAGAGAACAGCUGCUGUCCCUGGAGGAUACUGUGAAAAACCUGACGGAACUGCUGGAAAAAGAGAGAGAGAACUCAGCUAAACUGAAGACUGAGCGGCAGAAAAGUUCAGAGCUCGAGGGGAACGUAAAAACCCUUAAAGAGAGUAGAGACCAGGCAGUCACUGAACUGGACAAAGAGAAGUCUGCAGUCAAGAAACUCCAAUCUCGGAUUACUCAGUUAGAAGAGGAAUUCCGAGCAAAAACGGCGAACCUGCAGCAGGAGCUGGGCGAAUCCUCUGCGGCAAUCCAAAAACGAGAAGAGGAAAUCAAGAAACUCACAAAGGAAAUGAGCUCAUGGAAAGAUCGAGCUGACAGAUCCAGUCAGGUGGAGGCAGACAUCGAGAAAUUAAGGGAAGAUCACAAGGAGGUGUGCCAGCAGCUGGCGACAGAGAAAUGUAAAGUGUCUCAAAUGGAAACCGAGGCAAAAGCCACCAUGUCCACGCAGCAAGAUCAGGUGCAACACCUAGAGGCUGAGCUCUCCGCAGCCAAGGCUCAGCUGAAGGAGAAGGAAGCACAAGAGCAGAAACUACUUCAUACAAUCCAGUCAUCUGAAGAGAAGCUGCGGCUGGCUCAAAAGGAGGACGCAGAACAUGUUUCCCAGCUGGAAAUCGCCCGCAGCAAUAAUGAACAAGAGGUUCAAGUCCUCACCAAGAAGCUUUCUGACGAGAAGCAAAAGACAGAAGAGUUACAAGCAACGUUAAAGAGCCUGGAAGAACUGAAAUCUGAGAAGAUCUUCGCCUUGGAGUCGCAAGUAAGUUCAGUGCAAGGAGUUAUCCAGAAUCUGGAAGAAACCUUACAGAAAGUUUCUGCAAAGUUGGAACACAAGAGCAAACAGUACAAGGAGUCUCAGGUAAAGCAUCAGCAGGAGUUUGCUCAGAAAGAAGAGGAGGUUCAUCACCUGGUGAAGGAGAAAGAAAAAGUACUCUCAGAGCUGAAGACAGAGCAAGCAGCUAAACUAGAAGCCGAGGCUCAGCUGCAGAAAUGUAUGGAGGUCCACAAAAAUGAGUUUUCUGCUUUGCAGAAUGAAUUGUCCCGCUCCCUGGAUCUUAUCACCAUGAAGGAGAGCGAACUGGAGAGACUUGCCAAAGAGAUAUCUGUUAGGGAGGAAGAAAUCCAGAAGGCGAAACUCAACGCAGCUAGUCUAACAAAAGAGGUAGAAGAGCUGAAAGUCUACAAAGAGAGUGCCACCUCCCAGGAUGAACAGCUCAAACACUACAUCCAGACUGUGAAAGCCACAGAGUCUGAGGUGAGCGCUCUGAAAGCUACGCUGUCCGAGAAAGACAGACAGGUGGAACGUUUGGAACAGGACCUUCACAGAAAAACUAGAGAAGGUGAUUCGGUCCAGCAGCAGUAUCAAGCUACAUUAGGGGAAGUGCAAGCUCUUCAGUCCAGGACUGCAGAACUGGAGAGUAGAUGUCUUGGGCUGGAAGAUGCAGUACGGGUCUCUGGUAAAGAAGCAGCUGACGCAAGAGCUGCAGCGUUUGAAAAGGCUUCUGCAUCUGAACAGCAUGAAAAGGGAAUGCAGACGCUGGCAACGGAGGUGCAGCAGGAGCGACGAAGGGUGUCUGAGCUCGAGAAGAAGCUGGAGGAGGCUCGGGCUUUGCAGUCUGAGAGUGAGGCUUCCUUAGAAGCGUUAAAGAAAGAACUGAUCCAUAAGGUUCAGGAAUUAGAACAAAGCCAAAAGUCCUUGAGCGAAUCGAGCAAUGAGCUGAGUAGUGUGAAGGCUGCAUCUCAGGAACAUGAAAAGGAGUUGUCUGCAACCAAGGCGCAAGUAGCCCAACAUCAGAAGGAAAUGGAGAAGAAGACACUAGAGAUACAAAGUCUGCAGAAGGAACUGAGUAAUCUGGCUACCAAGCUGACCAGCAAUGAGCACAGCUAUGGUGAGGUCAAGGAACUUCUAGUCAAAGAAACCAGUAGAAGCAAAGAGCUGGAGCAGCAGCUGAGGAGUGUCCAGGAAAGGCUGGAAGCCUCUUCCAAGGAACUUGAUGAGAAACAGGGUGCCGUCCAAAAUAUGACAACAGAGGCUUCGUCCUACAAAGAGGAAGCGGAAAAGCAAAGGAUGAAGGUAGAAGGUCUUGAGAAGACCCUGUCAUCUCACCAGGCAACCACAGCACAACUGGAGAAGGAGAUCAAGGUCUGGCAGGAGAAGUGCAGCCACAAGGAGGAGGAGAUGUCCAGCGUUCAGAGUCAGCUCGAGGAAUUGGUGUCUCUUAGAAACCUUUACCAGGAAAUGAAGGCCGAGCAGUCUCAAAGGGCAAGCCAACACAAGGAGGAACUCCUGCAAAACCAGAAGGCCAUACAGACUUUACAGAUGGAACUGGAAAAAACCAAAGCGGAAGCAGCGUCUGUGGGGACCCUGAGAGGAGACUUGGGCCAGAAGGAGAAGAUGCUAGAGACUCUGGAAAAGGAGAUGAAUGAGUAUCGCAGCACGGCGGACUCUCUUCAGGAGGAGAACAAGCACCUGGCCGCAGAGAAUGCAACUCUGUCCCAAACAUACGACCAGGAGCUGAAGAAGAUGCAAACGGAACUGGUCAGGAUGUCAGAGAAGAAUACGAAGGAGCUGGAUUCUCUACGACUGCAGUAUGAGAAGAAGGUCUCUGAGGGCAAGGAGCAAAUCCAGGACAUCACCAGCAAAUACGAGCACGCCAAAUCCAAGAUUAUAGACGAAAGGCAGAAGUUCCAAGAGGAAAAGCAGAAAAUGCUGACUCAGGUGGAUCAGUUGGAGGCAGCAAAGAAGGAACAGUCUGAGCAGGUUCGUGAGUUGAACAAGCAGAUAAACCAGCAGGAAAAGACUAUCCGGAACCAGCAGCAGAAACUGAAGCAGCGAGACAGUGAGGCCCAUGAUGAUUUGGAGAAGACCCAGAAAAAGGUGUCUGAGCUGGAAUCACAGCUGGAGAAGCAGGUUCAGGCUGUGGAGCACUACAAGGCACAGAUGGAGAAAGCGAAGCUUCACUACGACGCUAAGAAGCAGCAGAGCCAGGAGCUGAGCGAGGAGCUGCAGAGCAUCAACCGGGAGCAGGAGAAGCUGCACAAGGAGAACUCCGAGCUCAAGGGGGAGGCCGAGCGCCUCAACAAAGAGCUGCAGCUUUCACUGCUCCAGACCAAGGAGGCCGAACAGAACUGCAAGAACCUGAGCAGCCAAGUGCGGAGCCUGGAGGCACAGGUGGAGUAUGCAGAUCGUCAGCUGCGCGAGCUGGGUAAGUUGCAAGUUUCCACCGAUGCGAUGAAGAGCAGGGAGACCUUGUGUCCGCCACGAGUUACCCGGAGCCACGCUGACGUCAGUAUCGACAGCCUGGACAUGAGCGACGAAGAGGAGCACCCCCUGAACUCCACCAGGAAGAAUGGACGCUCCCAUCGAGAACCCUCCACAUCCACCGCUAAAUCUGGGAGCCCGGAGGCCUCAUCCACGUCUCCCCGGAAAGUGGAGUCCCUAGAAAGCCUGUACUUCACCCCCAUUCCCAAUCGUGUGAAGUCCAAGCUGGACAGCAGCAUCGGAUCCAUCGGUGACUUGUUUCUAGAUUCUUCCAAGAAAACGCGUUCAGCUCGAAGACGAACAACCCAGGUUAUCAACAUUACUAUGACCAAGACCAGCAAGGAGGAAGUGGAGCCGGAUCAAGAAAGCGCCAACACCUCCUUCUACAGCCUGCGCUCUGCCCCCUCACACCAGAGUCUACACCAACCUCAUCAUACCCGACGUGGAGGAAAACCCCAGCCGGCCGUCUCCGCUCCUGCCCUGACCAGCCUCCCUUCUAUGGAGUCACUGGGGAAACAGGAGCACACGUCCUCAGACGACAGCCUGAACAACUCCGUGCUGAUGAGUCUGCCCGGCUAUCGGCCAAACACCCGCAGCUCUGCCCGCCUCUCACAGUCAGGAGGUCGGAGCAGCUUCUACCUAAACACGUGCCAGGACGAGCCCGACCCGCAGGAAGACUGGACUAGAAUCGCAGAACUGCAGCAGCGCAAUCGGGCCUGUCUACCCCACCUCAAGACCAGCUACCCCCUGGAGUCUAGGCCAUCCGUCCUGGCCGCAACCAUCACUGAUGAAGAGAUGAAGACGGGAGACCCCAAGGAGACGCUGCGACGAGCCACACUAUUGCCCUCACAGAUCCAGGAGUCCAUGGCUGGCACACGGAGGAUGACCAUGACCUCUGCCGGCAUAGAGCACUCGAUGGCAGGAGGCGGCAUCACAACCCGGCAGCAGAGGAAGCGGGUGUCUGAGGAACCUCAUUACGGAUCGGACACUCCCGAGUCUAAGAAAUCUGCCAGUUGCUUUCCGCGACCAAUGACCCCAAAAGACAAACCUGAAACGCGCAGAAUGUCGUCUGCCGUCGAAAGCAAAGCCAAUAUCAGCCAGCAGUCACAUACCAGUCGUCGGCAGACCAUGGCCUUCAGCAUUCUCAAUACUCCCAAGAAGUUGGGGAGCACUCUACUUAAAAGGGGUCUAAACAAGAAGUCCACGCCCAAGAAUACCCCACAGGGACGUGGUGGCACCAGCAAAUCCCCGCACCUCUCCAUCCGCAAAUCUCCCAGCAGAAAGUCCCCGCGGACGUCCUCGGCAAAGUCUCCAAAGGCCAGCAAGUUUUUCGAAAGGAACCAGAAAAAGAAAUGAGUAAAAAGGACGAUCUAUCCGUACGGGGGAAAAGGGGGCAGCUUUAAUCCUCUAUGGACUCGCAGACAACGCACAUUGCCGGCCCUACGUGGAGUCCAUGAGCGCACACUCACCCUCAAUGCUUUAUGGACUGGGUAUGGUGGGGGGGGAUCAGACCCGGCGCGCUCUGCACUCCACAUCAUAUCAUCGGACGGCCGCGGACUUGCGUUUUAUGGCGGCGAUAAUGUUGGGGGGGGGGGGGGGGUAGCUUUUUUCUAGAGAUGAUGAUGAUCUGUAAUCUGUGCUUGCAUUUCAUGCGGUCUCUCUCUCUCGCCUCUUAUGUACUACAGCAGGCAUUUUUAUUUUUUAUUAUUCAGCGGAUACGAAGACGAAACUCUUUUAGUGCCUUAUUGCUGUGGCUCUGUAAUUUAGCAAAAUGUUUUUCUUUUUUUUUUUUGUUUUUUUUUUAUUUUU